UAAUCUGUCAGCAAACAUCAUAUCCUCCAAAUGUUAUUUUUCACUUUUAUUUUGAUAGAAAUCAGAGUGAAUUUCCUGUGAGGUCAGGGGGCUUGUACCUUCCUGCAGCUUUAAUCUGAAGGGCUACACAGGAAGCGGGGUGUAUUGUUGGAGCAGUCGGUGUGGACGUUUGGAGCUCAGAGCAGAUCAGGCUGAACUGAUGGACAUGUUUCCACUGCCUUCUGUCCGGACAAAUUUUGAUUCUGGAUCCAACUGGUCCUGAAGUCCGGUCAUGUUUCUGAGGAGACCCGAGACGCUGGUUCAGCCUGUGAAGGUUGGAGGUUCUGAAGACUCGUUAAGUCCCUCUGCAGGCUGACCAGAGAACUGCAUCUGGACGGCCAGUUCACCAACCAGUCGGCCUGUUGUCCAGUGACUCCGUCCUGUGGUUGGUGUUCAAGCUGUUGGAUGGCCACAGGGGUGAACUACUGGAGCUCUUAUGAACCCAGUUACAAGGUGAGGGAGUGUGGGUGGGGCGGCGAACAGGAGUCGAGCAGUGAGGAGGGAGGAGGCGGAGUCACAUGGGAAACACAAGCCAUGGAGGUCAAAGGUCAACUCAUCUCAGCACCUGACCCUUUCACCUGUCCGGACAGGAAGCAGAUGGAGCGAAUGACAGAGCUGCAGGAGAGGAGGCGGAGCCUGCAGGCACUGCUGAGUACACGAUUGGCUGAGCUGAGGCGCGUCUGUCUGCAGGAGGCGGAGCUAACAGGUGCGGUGCCCAGUGACUUCCCCUUGGAAGUGGGAGAGAAACUCCCCUGUGUUCGACGGAGGGGCGGGACGUCUCGCUCAGGAAGCAGGAAGUGUCAAGCACAGGACGAAGACAUUCAACGCUCGAAGCCCAAGAAAACCUUAUUCAGUGCAGCUUUGCGGAAACACAGCGACUCUGAACAUAACACACACAGUCAGACACACACACACCAAGGCAAGAGGACUGUCCACAGAGGCUGCCACACAGAUGACUCGGUGAGGUCAGAGAGCAGCUCGACAUCAGACUCAACAGGACAUGAUAAUGAUGAUGGUGUGUCUCAGUGUCGUCCCCCACUGGUCUCUGCUGGUUCUCCAGUUGAAGUUUCCUACCAGAACAAAAACAGGAGGAACUCGGUGCACAACAGGACCGAGCAUCCAGAGACUCUUCAGACCCACAGACCCCUCCCAAUUCAUCCCGCCCAUCCCCCUCAUCUCCCCUUGCAUCCUCCUCCCGCCCCCCCUCGCUCUCAAGACUCGUCCUCCUCCUCUGGACCUUCUGAUCCUGGAGCAGCAGGGGAGGUUAGGGUUAAUGCAGCUCGUCAUAGUAACAGCUCGGAUGGUGUCUUGGACUACAUUAACCCUCUGGGUGAUCAGGGGGGACUGUGGGUAAAUGGUCAGCCAGGGUCCAAAGGAACAAAUGUGGCUGGAGUGGUCAGGAGCUCCGAGACCUUGAAAGGGUCUGACGGCCUGACAAGGAAAAAAAUGAUUGAUGGACCCGCUGAGGAUGGAGGGAUGGGGCAAGGAAGAGGAGGUGGGUACAGUGAGGUACUGCUGGAUUACAUGUGGGGAAAAAAGCAACAGGUGCAGCUGCAGCGACAACAGUCCCAGACCAACAACAGGCAGCCAAUCACAUCACAUCACCAGUUGCUCUACAAUGGCUACACCUCCCAGCAGCCCUCGGGAGCCCCACGCACCUGCCGCGGUCACCCGGGUGAACAGAGGCGAAUCAAAGUGACCCGCACAAAAUCCUGUGGCCCCUUCCUCCCUGUGCAGCAGAGCCAGACUGAUACCCACAAUCCUCCUCUGUCUGCCAUCCAGCCAGACCCCCACCCUCACCUACUGCCCCCUCGACCACCACAACUGCCCCCCAUCCAGGACGCACAGCUAGAGGAGGCCACCAGGAGCCUCCACAAGGCCCUCGCCCUGGAAGGUCUGAGGGACUGGUACCUGAGGAACACAAUAGGUUCCACCCACCAGAACCAGGCCAAUGGAAAGGCCAACACAGGGGUCAAUACUAAGGUAAACGGGGGGGUCAAAGGUCAGGCUGAAGGGGGAGGAGCUCUGCAAGGCAGACGGAGGACUCACGGUGUCAUCCAGCAGUUGACCUAUCAGACGGAGACAAGUCAUCAUCAGGGUCUGCCGCAUCACAAACAGAUGCUGCCACAUUCAGCCACAUUCCAUGGACACCCACUACACGGCAGGACUAUGGAUAGCUCUCUCUGCCAUGACUCCUUCCCUCCUCAGAAACAGGAAGUUCCUCUCAGAGACCUCACUCUGGAUCAGCCAUCUCCUGGGACUCUGGUCUGACUCACUGACCAAUGAGGAUGUGAGGAUGCUGACAGACAGAUCCCACCAAUCCCAGGCUGGCCUCCUGGGAUCAACAACUCUGUGGACUGUUUGUCCUGCUGGUUGCUCAGAGAACCAGGAGAACCUGUUCCUGCCCACCAUGAAGUCACACAGGGGAUGUUGAUGUCACCGCCCUUUUGGAGACUGCAGUCUGACCUCAGAUGAGGGUGAGACACUGCUCAGUUCUGAUGAACUUGUUUCGAUCAGGGAUGAUAUCGAUUAUUGAUGUCUGGACAUCAUUAUCGCACUCCUCCACAUCCCACUCCUGAACUGUUUUGCUUCAGAAGGUGUUUGAGUAAAAUCACAGCUGAAACAUUUAAAACUUGAAGUAAUUUUUGCUGGAUUUUUUUCUAUGACUGUGUCUUCAUCUGUAAUGAGACAAUCAGGACUAAACCAGUUUUUAUAUGAACUUUUGAUAGAAGUGAUGAUAAUGAUGAUGAUGAUUAUGAAACUGUUGCACUCACUCUUUGAGGAGACGUAAUCACCAGCUGACAGAACCAGCUCAGUCCAACAGACCAGCAGUUUUUUAUUGUCUGAAAGUUGAACUUUUGAUAAACUGAUCAGAUCAGGUGAUCUGUUUGAUCCCUCAGGUGAGUCCACACAGACUCUUCAGGUAUUCCUACAGUGGACUCAGCAUCUCUACACUAAAGUUAAACAGGAAGUUAAACUGCAGGUUGAUAAAUCUGUAAAACACAAAGACGUGAACGUGAAAACAGUCAACUUCGUUUGACUCUUGUUGUUGUAACCAAGAAGCUUCAGUACAAUUAAUAGUAACAUUUGUUUAUAGUGCUUUUUAAGCAAUCAUGUUAAAAAUGUCAAAUAAGGUAAAGCGAAAAUUACUGACAGUUAUGAAGAUGGAUGUCCUGAGAGCUCCCCCUGGUGGCUGGCUGUAAUGCAGCUCAUAAGCUCCUUCCCCUCAAUGUUAAGUGAUUGGACAUGAACCAAACUCCAAACUUCCAAAGAUAGUUUGUCAUUUUAGGUAGUUCCUGUCACACUGGUGUUGUGCACAUUUUUCUGAUCAGCUUGGUUUUAAUUAGUUUGUUUGCUAUGUUUGAUGGGCCAAGACAUCCUGAUUGGCUCAGAUGGGUGUGUGGGCGGGAACUUGAUGCUGUGGCUCCACCCCCCGAUCUCCACUGCACAGACUCUGGCUCCAAAUUGUGUCACCAGAGCAAAAUGGAAGUACUCAUAUCAGGGAUACUUUGGCUUCACUUUAGUACAGUCGGAGGAAGCGGAGACAUGUCAGCCAUCUUUAUAUGAGUCAGUGGUAAGAACAAAAGACAAAUUCAGAGGAGCACAGGACAUGAAUUCAAACUUUCCAGUCAGCUAAUAUUUGGAUGAAGGAGACAGGAAAUCAACAUUCAUUUGUUUCUGUUUAUGAAUCCAGACUUCAGUCAUUCAUUGUAAAAGCUGAGGGUCCUGAUGCUGUCAAGCUGCAGAAUCAAUUUAUGAAUCCACAUGUUUAAGUUCAGUAAAGAUGAACAUGUGUGAUUAAUUUAUUUUUAAUUCUUUUGAACGUCUGAAUCCUCCUCCUCCUGAGGAAGACGAACUUCCUGAUGCGGACUCUGCAGGGUCAGAAUCCAGUCCGAGAGCAAUAAGAGGAUCGGAACGUCCGUGAUCAACCUUUCAGGAUGAAACUCAGCUUCAGCGACAAUCAGCGGACGAUGCACAGUGUUGAUUGACUGGUUUAUUGAUUGACUGAAUGGAGCUUCACUCUUCACACAAAUGCUCAUGAACCCACCAUGACUAAAUGCAGUGUGAAAUCAGUGUUUUAUGGAGGUUUGUAACAAUAUUUAUUAUUAUUCAAAGUGAUCGCUUUGCCCUCUCAGUCUAUAUUGUUUCUUGUCUGAAGUCAAAGAAACCAGUAUGACCUCGUUUCCUUCAGCAUCAAGCUGCUGUCACAUGACACACAUUCAGUGAAGACACACACUUCAUGAAGAAGAACCUGAGCAUUCAUCUGUUCGUGGAGUUCAUGUCACCGCAUUGAGCUGAAACCACUCGCCACAGACACGUUAUGGACGUUUUAGAGGAGCCACAAGAUGUAUGUGGAUGUGAACAACAUGAAGCCACUGGAUGGACUGUGAUGGCGUGUAGCUCAGACGUUCAUGGAUUUUGUGCAUUUUUCCUUUUUAACACUGAUUGGAAGAGCAAACUGAUCCAAAUGUACACCAAACAUAAGACCUGCCCACCUCCAAAGGUCCGACCCCCUGACUGGAUGCUGCAGCCACCUCUCUCAGACCGACAGAUCAGUACAGGCUGAUGAUAAACUACGUGUCUGCUGGUUUGUCGUCAUCUGAAUGAUGUCAGCUAACAUCCUGUGGUUUCCGAUUGGCUGCAUCAGCUGUCGUGUGACUGCAGUCCCAACAUGCACUUCUUUUGAUUCUAGCCUCGCACCGAAGCAGAACACAACAGACUGCACACACACUGACACACCAGUGAACACACGCCGUUCUGCAGGUGUGGUCCCACCACGUCACCUGCCGCCACACGUGUGAACAAACAGGCCACAGUAUAAAACUACCGUAAGAGAAGUUUUAAACGGACUGGCAGGGAAAAAGAGCUGAGUAAUGACCUUAUGGGCUUUCCAUACAUCACUGUGUGGUACAAACAUUUAGGGCUUCGCCAAGAUGAUAAAGAGCUCAUGUUCAGUUCCAUUUCAGCCCAUUUUAACCCUUUGUGUUGCAGUUUGGUGUGAUUUUAAUUUACCAGCCUAAAAACAUUCGAAUCAGCCUUUAUAAACUAUAUGUUCCAUCAUAUGUAUGGCCAGAGAACAUAAACUCGUUGUUUAUGUUCAUGUUCUGAGUGUCGGAACAGUAUUUGUUCAGAGUAAAGUCCACUACUCGUCAUGCAGUACCAGUACCAGUUCUGAGUUAAGUACCACUAUUCGUCCUGAUGUUCAGUGUCUCCCUUCAUGUCCAGGACCAGCUGGUGUCCAGCUGUUGUCCAAAUGUGUAGACAGUCUGUCAGGGUGACAUCACAGCCACAUCUGCCGUGAUGCAUUCAGGUGUACUCUCUACAGUCGGUGUUUUUAAACUUUCAGCUGAACAGUCUAAACUUUCCAUGAAAAUCAUUUUCUAACUUUUUGAUCACUUUUGACAUUUGUACUUCUUUUCUGUUGUUUGAUGUUGGAAAAUCAAAAAGGUUUGUGUAAAUCAAGACUGACAAUCUGUAAACAUGCUGUUUUUAAUAAAGAGUUUUACUA